UACCUGAGCAGUCAUGUAGACUAUUUAAUGCCGAUGUGACACAAGACAGCAUAACUUCGUAUCCAUCACCAUGGAACUACUAGCCAACAUUUGGAUUUCUGCGGAAAGCUUAGCAAUUAUAGUCGGCUACACGACGCUGGUGUAUUACCUGCUGAAAUGGUCGUGGAGUUGUUGGUGCGGAUUCAAAGUCUACGUGCUUUCUGAGUUUUGGCAAGUUGACCUGAGGACAUACGGACAGUGGGCUGUUGUUACAGGGGCCACAUCUGGCAUUGGCCUGGCAUAUGCCAAUGAGUUGGCAAAAAGAGGCCUGGACAUUGUCCUAAUCAGUCGGUCAAUGAAAAAGCUUCACAGUGUCGCAGCAGACAUAGAACGUCGUUAUGGCCGCCAGACCAGAGUGAUCCAGACGGACUUCACCAGAGGUCACCAGAUAUACCCUGCCAUAGAGGACGAACUCAUGGACAUGGAGAUAGGCAUUCUGGUGAAUAAUGUUGGCAUCAACUACAGUUCAGUGUUUUCCAACUUUGCGGAUGUUCCCAACUGUGAACAGAGAAUAACCGAUGUGAUCAACUGCAACAUCCUUUCCUUAACACAGAUGACCAGGAUAGUUCUCCCACAAAUGGUUGAAAGGGGGAGAGGACUCAUCAUUAACAUGUCUUCAGAGGCCGGCUUUCAGCCCCAGCCUAUGGUCACGCUCUACUCUGCUACUAAGAUAUUUGUGACAUAUUUCUCCAGAUGUCUGAACGCAGAGUACCGGCCUCAUGGCAUCACAGUUCAGUGUGUUGCCCCGUUCAUGGUGGAGUCGAACAUGACGCGUCACGUGGGUAAGAACCCCCUGCUGAAGAGAGCUCCAGAGUUUGCCCGAGAAGCCCUCAACACGGUGGGCUACUCCACCUACACCUGUGGCUGCGUCUCACAUGCACUGCAGCACAUUGCCCUGUGCAUCUUCUUCCCCGACUGGGUGCGUCUCUCCUCCUUCUGCAUGAGACGCAUGGAGGUGUAUGCCCGCGGGGAACACAAGAAGCUGAUGGAGGCUGGUGCCCAGUACUUCAGCAAGGAGGAAUGAGGAGAGAGGGGAAGCUGGGCACAGACUCAGGCCUGGACUGAUCAUAUGACACAUAGGGCAUUUUCCUGAGGGGCUUACAGUCCUCAGGGGUAAAUGCGUUUUUUUGUUAAGUUUUUAAUUUUCCUCUAUAGACCAACCCACACAUUUAGACGGCUUAGCCCCUUGGUGCAUCUUUAAUAUAUAGACAGUGGUCUAUCAUAUUAUAAUGUUUUAGUGGAUAGAGAUCGAGUUUGUGAAAGGGGACGGUCUGGCAAAAAAGCCCAGCCCCCAGCCGCAGUAUUUCAGCAAUGAGGGAUGAGAUAGGAAAUGGAGAGAUGCUGUGUAGCACUUCAGACAUCAAACUGCUUAUAACAAAACUCUUUGGAUAGCAUGACCUGGGUGAAUGAGAAUCUUCACAGGUCGGGGGCACCAUGGAAGUGGGAAUAUGGAAUACAACUGACUUUACACAUAGGACUAAAUAUGCUGGACAUGCAAAUGGGCCACAAUUUUGUGUAAAGGCUUUAACUGGGAUUGCAUGCAAUGAGUCAUUUGAAUAAGAAAUCCUCAGUCACCCAGCAGCUUUUUCACGUUUGUCUUCAGCAACCAUUGGUGGGAUUUUAUUAUUAUGCGUGAAUAUGCAUGACUCAUACAAGUAAUUUGGAUAGAAACCCUAAUGUUUUCCCAGUUCUGUC